GGCGCUGCUUGAUCCAGUGUCUCUUAAACAACGGUGACAGACAGACAUUAUUGUUUGAACAAUCGCCAGUUUACUGACCGUGGAGUGUAUAAUGGCGUCGGACGCGAACAAAAUACCAAUUGUUACAAUUCUGUGCUUUUUAUUGGCGCUAGUCAAAGCCACAAAAGUAGACAUCACACAGCAAUGGAAGCCCGAUUUCGGGUGGGAGGUGACCUGCUCCUGGAACCUCUACAUGAACGACACUCUACAGUCCGUCAACUUGAGCAAGAAUAAGCAGCAGUUCUUCAUAUUCAGACCUUAUAAUGAGUACGGGAACCUCCGAAAGACUCAAACUUGGGACCUAGCGGAAUCCAUCAUAAAGGUGGACUGCGUGGAGGCGGUCGACAGCGGUAUCAAGGGCAAAUGUGUCCUGUCUAUAGAACCCCAAGUCCCUCCGAAGAAAGAUUUCUCUUUCGGCUGCGAAGUUUCAGGGGAGAGACCAUAUUUUAGGAUGGCACACCAAGAAAUUGUUGUUGAAGCGUUAAUUCCACCCAGCAAUGCUGAGAUGAAAGCGGUGACGUCAGAAUUCGGCCGAGUAACGUUGAACUGCACCUCCAGUGGACUACCAGCUCCGAGUAUAAUAUGGACUGUUGAUGGAGAAACACAAAGGAUACCCCACGACUUCCACAGCACACCGGUAUGGAACGCCACAUCCAAGUUCUGGGACGUGUGGUCCUCCAUCACGCCGCCUCCAGAAGUGCUGGACAAAAUUCAAUGCACGCCAGAAGUAAUAAAGGGCCACCAAGUCGUGAAGGGAGCAUCGGCGCAGUACAACGACGCGCAGAAACAGAUUUUAGAUGGGACGAUACUUAUCAUCAGUGCAAUGAUUUUGUUGUUAUUAUAAAAUAAAUUGAGGUAAUAAUUUGGAUACUUAAUAAAAAACAUUUGUUCGUU